UCCGAAUCCAACUAGAAUCCGCUUCCUGCCCCCUUCUCUUCUCGCGCACUCACAGAAAAUGGAAACCGAAGAAGAAGAAGCACUCUCACUCUCAAUCCUUUCAGACCCAACCCUCCACCAAAAGCACCUGUCAAUGAUCGAGCGCCUCUCCAACCGCCACCAAACUCGCGUAGAUAACUCACUCGCCCGCCGGUCCGACUCGGAUUCCAACUCUCCCUCCUCUGCCUCUGCCUUCCUCUCCCGCUUCUCCGACUCCAAGCGCUCCAUCGAGGCCCAUAUCGCUCAGUCCCGACUCGCCUACCCCACCGAUCCGAGCGAAGUCAGAUCCCACCUCGACUCCAUCUCCGCCUCCAUCUCUGACCUCGAAAAGCUCGUCGCCGAGAGCUCAUUUUUCUUGCCCUCCUACGAGGUCCGUUCCUCCCUCAAAGCCGUCUCCGAUCUCAGACAAUCCCUCGACAAUCUGAGCUCCGAGCUCAUCCCAAAAAAGAAAUUUGCUUUCAAGAACAAGGCCUCCAAAAGAGAUCCAACAACUGAACCCAAACAAACCACGGCAGAAGAAAAAUCCGUUUCCGUUUCAACUUCGCACGAGAAAUUGGUUUUCCAGGUGAGGGAUUCGCCGGGUUUUAGAGGCAAAAAGGGUGAGAUUUUGGUUGAGAAUUUCAAGGGUUCCGAGAUUGGAGAAUUCACGGUUUCCGAUCUCGAUUCUUGCGAGGUGAAGUUGAUUGGUUCCGUGAGAGCAUUAUUUGUUCAUAGGCUGAGGAAUUGUAGGGUUUAUGUUGGGCCGGUAAUAGGCUCAGUUCUGAUUGACGAAGCUGAGGGGUGUGUGUUUGUGAUGGCGUCGCAUCAAAUUCGGAUUCACAAUGCGAAGGGCUGCGAUUUCUAUUUGAGAGUGAGGAGUAGGCCGAUAAUCGAGGAUAGUAGUGGCGUGAGGUUUGCGCCGUACUGUUUGAGCUAUGAAGGUGUGGAGGAGGACUUAAGGGAUGCGAGUCUGGAUGAGGAGACAGGGAAUUGGGCCAAUGUGGAUGAUUUCCGGUGGCUGCGCGCGGUGCAGUCGCCAAAUUGGUCGCUUUUACCGGAAAAUGAGAGGGUUCAGAUGGUUAACAUUUCGGAGUUGGGAGGUGGGAUUGAAGGCAAUUAAGCUUUUGGUUCAGCCUCUUGUAUUUAGUGUGUUUGAAAGAGUUUAUUUAUUUCAUUAUUUUGUUGGGUUCUUUGUUGUACUUGGUAUUUGGAUUGAUGCAAAUUAUAUGAUUACCAAUUUUUU